AUUUCAUUUCUCAUUAAGUUUGCAUCCAGUCACUGGAGAUAUACAGUUGCUUGAUACAUUCAUAGUAUUUAACUAAGUAGAAAACAUUUUUAUUUUCCGUGUAAUUAGAACAACAGUUAAUUUCUCAAUUAAGUGAAUAAAACAUGAAGUCAAUAAUUCCGUUCUGUGCAUUUUUACAACUUUCUUGGACAUUUUCAACAUAUAACAUUUUAAGAAACGAGAAUUCAUGUCCAGAGAAUAUGGUACUUGACAAUGAUGGUAAAAACAAUUCAGAAACAAUUUGCAAAUGCCUGGAUACUUUUUUAAAUUAUUCUAGUGAUAAUUCUUGUUACGCUGCAUACAGACAAGGUCCAUGUCCUUCUGAACAUUACUUAAUAUUUUCUUCAGACGAAAAAUUAGCAAAAUGUGAAAAAAAUCCAUGCAUUUUGGACGGACUUGUUCCAUUCCAGGGCAAAUGUUAUUUACUCUGGGUAUCUGAAAUACCCUGUAAAGUACAAACACAUCAUUUAAUUGUCAAUAGAAACACAUUUCAAAUAGAAUGCAGUGAUGAGCCUUAUGUCGGCGACAUGUUGAAAUUGAAAAUAUCAAAAUCUUGUUCAAAAAAUUCGAUGCUUGUGCCUGCGAAUGAUAAUCAGACAGAAUGGAUUUGUGGUUGUAAUCCAGGUUUUUUACAUGACGUAAAAACAAAUUCUUGUCAUGAAGCAUACAGACAAGGACCAUGUCCUGAAGAAUAUUUCUUAGUUCAUCCUCCAGGCGCAAAAGAAGCAAAGUGUGAAAAAAAUAUUUGUCUUUAUGACCGUCUUGUUCCUUUUGAAGAUGGUUGUUAUCCUCUAUACAAAUUCGGAUCUCCUUGCCCUAACAAUCAUUAUUUAGGCGUUGAUGGAAAAACUUCACAGUUACAAUGUGUGCUUUCAAUAGCAUUUCCCAUUUUUCAACAUCGUGAUGGUAUCAUAACUGCACCAAUUAGAACUUGUCCACCAGGUACUCGACGAGCAUUUAAUGGUUGUAAAAAAACAUUUCAAUGAAAUUAAAUUUUAGGGGAAAUGUGUCUAAAAUUGCCAGUCAGGUAAUAUGAACAGUUCUUAAUAAAACA